UGAAUAUUUGACGUCACCAAUACGAGAAGCAGACGGCUCGGGUGGUCAAAAAGAAGAAGAAGCUAGCUGGCUUUCAAGAUGAUGACGUUAGACAGCAAGUUAUAUCUUCGUCUGAAUGUAUAACUUAGCUAGCGAAGGACAUCCAAAUAGAUAACGUUAUAAGAUAGGUAAGAGUGAAACAAAAGUCAACGAUACACGGGCGUCGGAUUGAUAGGAAAGGAGGGCAACUUUUCCCCGGAAAGGUGAAGGGAAUUUGUUUUCAUUUGGUUAGCUAGCUUGAUAAGUUAGCUAACGGUAGCCAACAUCAACAGUCGCAAGACCCCUUCCUGGACUUGUCGAAGUUGCAAAGCUAGCUGAAAAGCCAUCAGGAUAAGCUCUUUCCUAGCUAGCUAACGAACGUUAGAAAGCCAUUUUCUUUUGUGUUUCGCAUUAGCCACACUGACCUCGUUCGGUCUUUGUAGACCCUCCUAGAUUCAAAUCAUGGCAUGUGGAGCGACCCUGAAAAGGACCAUGGAUUUUGAUCCAUUGAUGAGUCCAACGUCCCCUAAAAGGAGAAGAUGUAUUCCGGUGUCCCCAUCAUCAUCAUCAUCCUCCUCAUCACCACGGAAAUACCUUCGCAUGGAGCCGUCACCAUUUGGAGAGGUGUCAUCCAAACUAUCAGCUGAGCAAAUUCUGAACAACAUCAAGCAGGAGUACAAACGCAUUCAGAAGCGAAAGCACAUCGAUGGAGUUUACCAACAGACGGAGGGUUGCUACUCCCCAGAGUCUCCACCCCCUCUUAGUGGAUCAAGUAUGCCAGGCACAUCUGCUGGAGGUUCUUCUCCAUCAAAGAAAGAACAGCCCUUAUUUACUCUUAGACAAGUUGGAAUGAUUUGUGAACGUCUACUGAAGGAGCGUGAAGAGAAAGUGCGGGAGGAAUAUGAGGAGACCAUGACUUCCAAGUUGGCAGAACAAUAUGACACUUUUGUUAAGUUUACACAUGACCAGUUGAUGCGGAGAUUUGGAGAGCAACCUGCAAGCUAUGUUUCCUGAGAGACUCAGACUUUGCCAGUCGACCUUCUCUUGCUGCAAGCUAUCAAGUUUACAUCUUUGGAAAUCACUGCAAGAGAUUGUUGGUUUAAUGAAACUUCUUACUGUGCCAUAUUUCUCCUUUGGGCAAAGGUUUAUCUAAGCCGUUAUCAGUGGUAAUCUCUCUCUUGCGUAAGCAACUAGGUGCUUCCUAAUGUAAAUUUAUGGACCCCUUCUACCAGUGGCCUACGUUUCUUCUGCUGCACCUGUAUCAAUAAGUUGUCACUCUUACUUUUAUAAAGACAUCUGGCAUUCCAGACUUCAUUCACUGUUUUAUUUAUUUGUUACACAUGUAUAUAUGAUAAAGCAAUGUAGAAAUCCAAGGUUUGCUGGUCAAUCUAUGAGCAAGUGGAAGAUACAGGUUAGUACGGUUUGCAGAAGAGAAUUUGCAAUGCCCCAGAGCCUUUUUUGUAUGGGGCUUUACAAAGACUAACUAGAAUUCAUUCGAUUUUUUCCCUUUCAAAAUGUUUUUCUUUAUUUCAUUGACAUUGUUUUCCUGAUAUUACUUUCAAACAUAUGUACUUAGUAGAAAAACCAAACAAUAAAAAUGUUACGUUUCA